AGAAAAGAUGGUGAUUGGCUAAAAAUUCCCCUUUUUCAUGUUUGUCAAACUUCCAAAAAUUUUUCCAUGUUAUAUCAAGAAACUCAUUUCUUGCGUUUUGUAUGUGAAAUAUCACGAUUGCUUUAUCUGUUACAUUUGUGAAUAAGUCAUAAGGUUCAACAUCCUGCUAAAUCAUCCUCCCAAAUUGAUCCAAUUUCCGUUUUCGCUUUGAAAAGUUGGCGGUGAUCACGUGACUGAUAUCCGUCAGAAACGUCAAAUGUAAACGAGAAGUCGGUGUGAGAGACUGGACAUCUUUAAAAAAAACCAAUCUCCGAAAGCAUUCGGAGACAUUUUUUAGUAAAAUUAAAGUGAUAAACGACUAGUUACAUCGCCUAAGAUGGAAAUACGGAAGCUGAUAGACCUUCUGAGGGCAACUAUCGACCCUGCACAGCGACAACAAGCCGAGGCCCAAUUGGAACAGAUCCAUAAGAUAAUUGGAUUUGCCCCAUCACUGCUUCAAGUGGUGAUGAUGGCCGACCUGGACAUGCCGGUCAGACAGGCAGGCGCCAUCUAUCUGAAGAAUCUGAUAUCCACCAACUGGCAAGACAGGGAAAGUGAACAAGGCCAGCCUAUGCCAUUUGCCAUCCAUGAGCAAGAUAGGGCACUCAUAAGGGACAGUAUUGUUGAAGCUGUCGUCCAUGCUCCAGAUCUAAUAAGAACACAACUGUGUACUGCAGUUAAUCACGUUGUAAAACAUGACUUUCCUGGAAGAUGGACGCAAAUCGUUGAUAAGAUCAGCAUAUACCUUUCAAGCCCCGACCCAGACGGCUGGCACGGAGCCAUUCUCUGUCUCUACCAACUAGUAAAGAACUUCGAGUAUAAGAAAGCGGAAGAACGUGCCCCCCUUCACGAAGCCAUGAAUCUGCUUCUGCCAUUGCUUUACGCCCUCGAAGAGCGUCUGUUGACCGACAACUCGGAGAAGGCGGCGCUGUUGCAGAAGGACGGGCUGAAGGUUUACUUUGCUCUCACACAGUACGUGUUGCCGUUGGAUUUGAUCAGCAAGGAAGCGUUCGCUAGGUGGAUGGAGGUUUGCAGACAGGUCGUAGAAAGGCCAGUUCCAGCAGCAGCUCUUCAGCCAGAUGAAGAUGAAAGACCAGAUCUGCCGUGGUGGAAAUGUAAAAAAUGGGCGCUCCACAUACUCUAUCGAAUGUUCGAACGAUAUGGCUCGCCAGGUCACGUCACCAAGGAGUACAAUGACUUUGCUGAAUGGUACCUACAAACGUUCAGCCAAGGAAUAUUAGAAGUUUUACUCAGAGUUCUUGACGGUUAUCGAGGAGGCCAUUGGGUGCCCCCAAGGGUCCUUCAGCAGACUUUGAACUAUCUGAAUCAAGCGGUGUUACACGCUCAUACGUGGAAGAUUUUGAAACCGCACAUGCCAGCUAUCAUACAAGACGUACUAUUUCCUCUCAUGAGCUACUCUGCUGAUGAUCAUGAGUUGUGGACCAUGGAUCCACAUGACUACAUAAGGGUUAAAUUUGAUGUUUUCGAAGACUUCGUUUCGCCGGUGACAGCUGCCCAGAACCUCCUACAUUCAUCGUGCAAGAAACGCAAGGAGAUGCUACAGAAAACGAUGAUAAUGCUCACGCAGAUAUUGACAAAUAGUGCUACCGAGCCACCUCAGAAAGAUGGAGCUCUCCACAUGGUGGGCUCGCUUGCAGAUAUACUUUUGAAAAAACCAAUGUAUAGGGACCAAUUAGAUCAGUUUUUCACAAAGUACGUAUUUCCCGAAUUCAGUAGUGAUCGAGGACACAUGAGAGCUAGAGCAUGUUGGGUGUUGCACUUUUUCGCCGAAUUUAGCUUCAAACAAGAGGAUGUGCUAGUCGAAGCGGUCAAUUUAACGGUCCGCGCUCUGCUAUUCGACAAAGAGCUCCCCGUAAAAGUAGAAGCAGCAAUCGCGCUGCAAUCUUUCCUGAACUAUCAAGACCGCGCCCACAAGUAUAUCGAAGCCCAGGUGAAGGAAGUCGCCCUGGAGCUGUUGACCAUUAUCAGGGAAACUGAAAACGAAGACGUCACCGGCGUUAUGCAGAAGUUAGUGUGCGUGUACACGCAGCAAUUGGCGCCUAUCGCGGUGGAGAUAUGCCAGCAUCUAGCUGCUACUUUCAGCCAAGUAUUGGACACUGAUGAGUUUAUCCAGGGCUCGGAUGAAAAAGCCAUAACUGCGAUGGGUCUGCUGAAUACCAUCGAAACCCUACUGACAGUAAUGGAUGAGCAACCAGAAGUGAUGAGGAUGCUCGAACCGACAGUACUUCAGGUGAUAGCACACGUUUUACAAAACGAAGUCCAAGAGUUCUAUGAGGAAGUGUUAGCGUUGAUAUACGAUCUCACUAGUAAGGAAAUCUCGCAAGAUAUGUGGAAAGUAUUCGAGUUACUUUAUCAGGUGUUUAUGAAGAAUGGUAUAGAUCAUUUCACAGAUAUGAUGCCACCACUUCAUAAUUAUAUCACUGUGGACACAGAUGCUUUCCUUUCUAAUGAUAAUAGGUUAUUGGCUGUGUAUACAAUUUGUAAAGAAAUGUUAACGAAAGACGUAGGUGAAGACCCCGAAGCACAUGCUGCAAAAUUAUUAGAAAUAAUACUAUUGCAGUGCAGGGGUAGGAUAAACCAUGCAGCACCUAUGAUUGUAGAAUUAGCAGCUACAAGACUAUUAAGGGAAGUUAAAACUAGUGAACUGCGCACAAUGUGCCUUCAAGUUUUAAUAGCUGCACUAUACUACGAUCCUCAGCUGCUCUUCUCAGUUUUGCAGAAAAUGCCAGACUUCACAUCACAUUUCAUCAAACAAUGGCUGCAUGAUGCUGACUGUUUCUUAGGAAUUCACGAUAGAAAAAUAUGUGUACUAGGCUUAUGCGCAUUGAUAUCAAUGCGGGAUAAACCGCCGGCGUUGAUAGAAAUGUCUGGCAAGGUAGUUCCCUCUUUAGUGAUGCUUUUCGAUGGCCUGAAGAGGGCGUAUGCUGCUAAGGCCGCGGAAGCUGCGACUGAGGAGGAGGAAGAUAGUGAAGAAUCUGAUGGAGGAGAUGAAGCUGAUGUAUUGAGCUCCGACGAAGACGAACUCGACGACCAAUCGCAAGAUUACCUGGAGUCACUAACGCGUCGCGCCACAACCGCGUUGCAACAACGCGGCAUGAAUGCGACAGCAACGAUAGAAGACGUAGACGAUACGUCAGACGAAGAUGACUCCGACUAUGAGCCUGACGAGGAAACAGUGCUCGAAUCGUACACCACCCCUUUAGAUGAAGAAACCUGCGAAGUGGAUGAGUACCAGGUGUUCAAGCAAGUUAUGACAGCAAUCAAAAGUGCAGAACCAGAAUGGUAUAACGCCCUAACGUCAAACCUUACAGAAGCUCAACUGAAAAGCCUAAAUGAGAUAUGCGUGUUAGCGGAACAAAGAGCUGCGGCUAGGGAAAGUAAACGAAUCGAACAGCAAGGAGGUAUAGAAUAUCGGAACGACCGACGGCUUACCCCUAGCUGAGGAGUUAUCAAAAGCGUCGUUUUUGACACUGACAGGAGAGUUUCAAAGCUGAUUGUUACCUAAGCUGUGCUACUAUAAGGGUUACAUGUUUACACAACAGUCAGUUCCAACAUCUUUCAAAUUUGGCGAUGUCAACUCAUGAACAAUUGUGUUUAUAUAUGUUAAUUUAUUUACGACUGAUUGUAAAAUUGACUACACUGACCAGUGAGUGAAUAUUUGUACAUUUUAAUCAUAAAUAUCUUUUUAUUUUUGAUUAAGUGCCUUUUUAUUAGAUCAUAUUUUACAACAAAAUAAAAAUUAUAAUGAAAUUUCAAGCAAACUGGUAAUUCUUUUGAUUGUAAAUAGUUUUAUUUGUUAUAAAAUACUGUGUAUUUUUAUGUUGUAGUAACCACUUUAAACAGGAUCAUAAAUGGGAUAUGUUACUGCAAUUUAAUAAAUGAUUUGCUUUGAA